AUGGCUACAGGUGGAAAUGUUGACCCACAACAGUAUACACGUGUAUCGGAUAUUGUCAAUGAACCGCAAGAGAUGCUCAUGCCAAUUCGAGGGUAUGAAAAAGUGCCACUAGUGUCAUUAGAAGAAGCUGUAGCACCACUUAUUUCGAUUUUACCUGAGAUUCAAGAUUAUGCUUAUGUUGCAAAACAACGAUGUAAAUCCGUACCACCCGAUGAUUUAACACAGAAUGAAUCAGCUUCAAUCAUGCUUUAUUCAAUGGAAUGGGAACCGCAUGACGAAUGUUUAUAUUUUGCCCUCAAUGCUGCUCUUCGCACUGAAGAUAGGCGAAAAUUAAAACCAUGGUUUUCGUAUUUGAAACUUAUUCUUACAGCACUUGAAAAACUACCAUCUACACGAUGCCAUGUGUUUCGUGGAGUGAAUUUGGAUUUAUCUAAUCAAUAUACUGAAGGAAAAACAUUUGUCUGGUGGGGCUUUUCUUCAUGUACAAUAUCGAUAGAAGUACUCAAAAACGAACAAUUUCUAGGCAAAACUGGCCAAAGAACAUUGUUCACGAUCGAAUGUGAUAGUGGCAAAGAUAUUAGUCGUCAUUCGUAUUAUCAAUCGGAAAAAGAAGUUCUUCUUCUGGCUGCUCGACAAUUUAUUGUAGUAGGUUAUCUUCAACCAGCUGCAGGUCUUCAUAUGAUUCAAUUAAAAGAAACAAAGCCUCCAAUUACUCUUUUGCAACCGGUUACAAAUCAGUUGGUACAGAUUAAAUCAACAUCGGAUUCUUAUCAACCAAAGCAUUCUACAACUAGUACAGCAACUAUAUUAAAGAAUCCAGUAACAACUCAAUCUCAAACAAAACAAAAACAGAUUCAAACAAAAAAGAAUAAAUUUCAACAAUCUGCAAUUACUGUUGCUGGAGGAAAUAAAGAUGGAAAGAAAUUAAAUCAACUCUGUUUUCCUAAUGGGAUGUUUAUCGAUAAUGACAAAUCAAUUUAUAUUGCUGAUUCUGGAAAUGAUCGUAUUGCCAAAUGGAGACUAAAUUCAAAUACUGGCCAAAUCAUUGUAGGUGGAAAUGGAAAAGGAAAUCAAAAUAAUCAAUUAGAUCGGCCAAUAGAUAUAAUUUUUGAUAAAAAAAAUAAUUCUUUUAUUAUUUCUGAUAUAGGAAACAAACGAGUAAUUCGAUAUUUUGAUAAAAAUGAAACAAAUCAACAAAUUCUUAUUUCAAAUAUUAGAUGUUGGGGUGUGACAAUUGAUAAAAAUGGAUUUAUUUAUGUUGCUGAUUGUCAGAAUAAUGAAGUAAGACGAUGGAAAGAAGGAGAUAUAAAAGGUGAAUUAGUUGCAGGUGGAAAUGGUCAAGGAGAUCGUCUUAAUCAACUCAAUGAUCCUACUUUUAUCUUUAUUGAUGACGAUUAUUCUCUUUAUAUAUCAGAUUUUUUAAAUCAUCGUGUAAUGAAAUGGAGAAAAGAUGCAAAAGAAGGAAUUGUUGUUGCUGGUGGAAAUGGUCAAGGAAAUAGUCUCAAACAAUUAUCUUGUCCUUGGGGAGUGAUUGUUGAUGAUUUGGGUCAAAUCUAUGUGGCAGAUGGUAAUAAUAAUCGAAUAAUGCGUUGGUGUGAAGGAGAUGAAGAAGGUGAAAUUGUUGUUGGUGGGAAUGGUAAAGGAUAUCGAUCAAAUCAAUUGGAUUUUCCCGUGGGUUUGUCAUUUGAUAAUGAAGAAAAUCUUUAUGUUGUCGAUAGAAACAAUUAUCGAAUCCAAAAAUAUGAAAAAAUUUGA